AUGCCUAAACAAUCGUCUGAUCAAUUAAUAACUCCGUGGAUAUAUCAAGAUUAUUUUCAAUAUAAAGAUAGACCACCGAAAGCAAGCGUCACUAGCAAAUAUGCUAAAGCCUUAUUAGAUGUAGCUGGUGCCGAUGGUGUACUUACGAAUGCUGAACGAAAAUGGGUUGUAGGUUACGCAGCAAUUCGCGGCGCAUCACACGAUGAUCUUGAAGUUCUGAAAAAAUAUGAAAUAGGCUCUGAAGAUUCGACAGCUAUUUAUAAUAAUGAUAGUAAAUUAAAAAGUGCCGAACAUUUUCAAGCUGAACUUAUCUAUGAUGGUUUUCGAGCAGCAGCUGCUGAUGGUACUUUGAAAACACGAGAAAUUGAUGCAAUAUCCGCAUUAGCACAAAAACUUGGCAUGAGUGACGAGAAAUUUCAAGAAAUACUUACACUAUAUAAAGAAGAAGAAGAACAUAGACAAAAACGAAUUGAAUUACUUUUUCCAAAGGGUUACGCUGAUGCUAUUAAAGCCAUUGACAAACAUUACGGGCGUUAA